AGUAAAAUAAAAUGUCGCAUUUUGCCUGCUGGAACGCGGAAUCGCUUUGAAGACGCUAGACCUCCAGUCGAGAUGAAGGAGAUGGUUGUGGGAUCCGAGAUGGCCCGGCGAGAGGCGCCGUCACCGCCGCCGCAAGCCCUAGUGGAGAGGCUCAAGGACUACGGCCAGGAAGACGUCUUUUCAUUCUGGGGGGAGUUAUCCAAUGAGGAGCGCGAUCAACUCGUUAGAGACAUCGAGGGCUUAGAUCUUCCACGGGUUGACCGGAUAAUUCGUUGUUCACUGGGAUCUCAAGGUCCUCCUCUGCCUGCUAUUGAGCCUGUGCCCGAGAACUGUGUUUCCACUGUGGAAGAAAGAACUCUAACUGAAAGAGAGAGGUGGUGGAAGAGGGGAUUGAAGGCCAUCUCAGAAGGCAAGUUAGCAGUUGUGCUUCUAUCCGGCGGGCAGGGAACUCGGCUUGGAAGUUCAGAUCCCAAGGGUUGUUUUAACAUUGGACUUCCAUCCGGAAAAUCACUUUUCCAGCUGCAAGCUGAACGAAUAUUAUGCGUCCAAAAGCUUGCUGCUCAAUCAGGUGAUGGUCCAUCUACUGUUACUCCAAUUCAUUGGUAUAUAAUGACUAGCCCAUUCACUGAUGAGGCGACUCGCAAGUUCUUUGAAAACCGCAAAUACUUUGGUUUAGACGCUGGCCAAGUUACUUUCUUCCAACAAGGCACCCUUCCCUGUGUUUCCAGGGAUGGUAGAUUUAUCUUGGAGACUGCAUGCAAGGUGGCAAAGGCUCCGGAUGGAAAUGGUGGACUAUAUGCUGCUCUAAAGUCUUCGAAACUGCUGGAAGAUAUGGCCAUGAGGGGUGUGAGAUACGUGGAUUGCUAUGGUGUUGAUAAUGCAUUGGUUCGUGUUGCAGAUCCAACAUUCUUGGGAUACUUCAUUGACAAAGGUGUAGCUACUGCAGCAAAAGUUGUACGCAAGGUAUGCUUGCACAUGUUUACUCUUGAUUUCCUAAACCAAGUGGCACAUGCUCUUGAAAAAGACAGCAUCUACCAUAUAGCUGAAAAGAAAAUUCUGUCCAUCCAUGGAUCCACCAUGGGUAUAAAGCUUGAGCAGUUUAUAUUUGAUGCCUUUACAUAUGCUCCUUCUGUGGCACUCUUUGAGGUAUUGCGCGAGGAGGAAUUUGCACCCGUGAAGAAUGCGAAUGGUGCAAGCUAUGACACUCCUGAUAGCGCGAGAUUAGCGAUUCUACGUCUUCAUAGUCGUUGGGUGGUUGCUGCGGGAGGAUUCUUAACACAUUCAGUGCCUUUAUAUUUGACGGGAGUUGAAAUAUCUCCCCUCGCCUCCUAUUCUGGUGAGAACUUGGAAUCCAUAUGCCGAGGAAGAACUUUUCAUGCACCAAGUGAGAUCACAUUCUAAUCUUCAUACAAAGACCCUUGAUUUUCUCAGUUUUGUUUUCCGAAAAGAAUUUUUACCUUACAUGCUAUUUUGUUUUAGAAGAUUCUUCAGCAAAAGAGUCCUACGCGGUAUGUGUAAGCUUGGUUUGGUUCAAUUUACCCCUUUCCUCUCAACAUAUAAAUAUUGUUGUUUGUAAUCUCAGCGUUAUUUCUCUAUUCUUUCUUCCUUCAAGGCUUUCCAUGAGAGCAAAUUGCUAUUAUAUAUAAUUGUGUAGAAUUCAUUUUGUAUUUUUAUGUGAUAUAUUGUUGAGGA